AUGGCCUCCAUCCCCACCACCCAGAAGCAGUGGAUUCUCACCCCCAACCCGGCAGGCGUUGGAGCGGUCGCGCUCGUCGACGGCCCCGUUCCCGAGCUCGGCCCCACCGACGUGCUCGUGAACAUCAAGGCCGCGUCGCUCAACUACAAGGACCACAUUGUUCGCCUCCCGACGCCCUUCUCGCCUACCGUCCCCACCGUCCCGCUCUCGGACGGCGCCGGCGUCGUCGUCGCCACCGGCGCAAAGGUGACGCGCUUCGCCAAGGGCGACCGCGUCGCGGCGCUCUUCUCGCCCCAGGCGUACACUGUGGGCCGGUACCCCGUCCCUGGGCCCUCUCUCGGCGCGCAGCUGGACGGCACGGCGCGCCCGUACGGCGCGUUCGACGAGCAGAGCCUCGUGCGCAUCCCCGACUCGAUCAGCUUCGAGGAGGCGUCGACGCUCCCCUGUGCCGGCGUGACGGCCUACAACGGCCUGUACGGCGUCAAGGAGCGCGCCGUGCGCGCCGGCGACUGGGUGCUCGUUGAGGGCACUGGCGGUGUCUCGCUCUUUGUGCUGCAGCUCGCCAAGGCUGCCGGUGCCUCGGUCGUCGCCACCACCUCGUCCGACGCCAAGGCCGCCAAGCUCAAGGCCCUCGGCGCGGACCACGUCGUCAACUACAAGACUGACGCCGACUGGGGAGCGUCGGCGCGCGCCCUCACCCCCGGCGGCGUGGGCUUCGACCACAUCGUCGACAUUGGCGGCCAUGCGACCCUCCCGCACUCUAUCAAGGCGUCCCGCUUCGGCGCCACCAUCACCGUCGUCGGCAAGUCCGACUACUCGCCCAACGCGCCCCAGGAGCCCGACAUCACCACUGCCAUCUACUUCCAGACCACGUUCCGCGGCGUCCAGGUCGGCAACCGCGAGCACUUUGAGGGCCUGGUUGCCAGCAUCGAGGGCACCAAGUGGACGCCCGUUGUCGACAAGGUGUUCGAGUUCAAGGACCUCGAGGAGGCGUACAAGUACCUCGUUUCCGGCAGCCACGUCGGCAAGGUCGUCGUCAAGAUUGACUAG